AAUGGGGGCCGUUCAAGCUUGCGACUCUCAUCACGCCAGUGACUGGAUGAAACUUCGAUCCCAAUCAAAUGUUGCUGUAUAUCAUAGACGUCUCUUCUUGUCACGAGAGAGGAGAAAGGAAGCAACCUGACGCGGUGACAACUAACGAUCAUGUCACAAGUCGUGGACCUCGAUGAGGAACUGCUGGACAACCUCUACACCUGGAUCGACAAGGUCCCGCUGUCGCGGGUCAAGCGUAACCUUGCCCGUGACUUUUCCGACGGCGUCCUCGCAGCAGAGGUUGUCAAAUUCUUCUUCCCGCGAUUAGUAGAGAUACACAACUACGUGUCGGCAAACUCAGUGAAUCAGAAGGUCGACAAUUGGAACACGCUGAACAGGAAGGUGUUAUCAAAGAUAAACUUCAACGUCACCCCCGACGUCAUAAACCAAAUAGUCAACUGCAAGCCGUCCGCGAUCGAGUGCGUCCUGAGCAAUCUACGAACGAAGAUCGACAUCGCUUUGUGGAACAACAGGAAGAAAGAGGUGAACGAUGAGCUUCCAGACUACUUGCCAAAGCAGGAUAUGUGCAAGUGCAGUGCUCCUUUAGUAGACGAGCCAAAGGUAGGCAUCGACGGCAAAAUUGAUUCACAGGGCCAAGGAACGAUUUCCUACAAUGUGCAACGGGAGAACAGCUACAGCAAAAUACCUCCCAAGGUGAUCACUGUGGGCAAAGAAGGCCAGAAAGUUCAGAAAUACGUGCCAAUUAUUUUGCUCGAGGAAAAAGAGCAAGAAGUGUUGUUAAAAGACGAGACGAUACAGAUUCUGCAGGCAAAAGUUAGAAGGCAAGAACACUUAAUUCACCUCAAAGACAUACGAAUAGAAGAUUUGACAAAUCGAAUCGAGCAGAUGAGACCAACCAAAAUUUCUCGUGGCAAGGUUGUAAAUAACAAGUGAGGGGGUGGGUGCCUAUUCCUAUAUGAAUUAUGAUUCAGUCUUCUUGUGUUAGCUGGUAUAGCUAGCUGAAGUUCACUUAGCCAAGUGCAUUCGAGUAGAUCUACAUAGACAUAUAUUAUAUACAAGUGACCAUGAAUGGGCUAAAAUGGCUGAUUUUGUAUAUGUUUAAAGUAUUUUAUACGCAGUAUGAGCAAUAUUAUAUGUAUAGUUUAGACGAUUCUUUAAAAGGAAAAUGAGAAAUCGUACCAAUACGAAUGACCUUUUGCAUUGUAUGGGAAAAAUUCAGGAAGAAAUAUUAACUGGGUUAUUUUAUAGAAGGUUCUUACAAUCCCUGUCUACGUAUUGUUUUUCUGUACUGACUUGUAUGUAUUGAACACCUUAUUGAAAAAAACACAUGGAUCCACAGAUUACG